GCCAUUUUCUGGAUGGAGGAGGGGCCGUGUCUGAUCAUGAGCACUGAAGCACACGGACCCACAUACACAUCGGAUAUCACGACUGACGCAGGUAUAGAAUCCAUGUCUGGAGGAAAGGUAAUGUCGGUGCCUGUACCGUACGGUACACGGUUGAAAGAAAGAGGUGACGAACGAAAGAGUGACAACUUUCAGGACCGCUGUGGAAAUACCAGAGUCCAGCGUAAAUCUGCAGAAACCUCUCUAAAUAGACUACCAGAGAAAAUCACGACUGAUCUUUUCACAAUGGCCCUGAUUAUUGAAACCCCUCAAAAGAUCCAAAGAUCUCUUCCCCGUCUGAAUUUCUGAGUGCCACUGCAGUAGCUGGUGCGUACUAUUAAAAAAUAGUACGCGUACCUGGAUGGUCCGGAAACGGGGCUUAAAGAAUUACUGAAACAUGUUUCAAGGAUCUUUAGGGAAAUCCAAACUCCAGAAUUAGUUUCAAGAAGUUUUCACUUGGCACCCCAUUUGCCUUUCUCAUUAUUUCGUCAGGAUUGUGCUUCGAGAACCUCCCUAGCUAAUCAUGAAGAUAUCUUUUGUACCCCUCCUUGUUCUUUCGAUUGGUGCUACGGCGGCCAGAAAGCUCCACGAGAACAAAGCUGUUUUGUCCAAUGGCGCUGAGUUUCUGAUAGACAUCCAGUCCCCGGAUCUUGACUCUACUAUUGAUUUGGCUGCCGACGAAAAUACGGCGAGCUUGUCCGUGACAGGCAAAGCCCAAGUGGGCCCAGCAGAUGCUCGUGUUGCUUACCUCUUCAUCGUCGACUCGUCUGGGACGAACAACAAUGAAAGUGUUGCGGAAUGUGGCACAAUCUCCGACUGCACCACCGAGUUCUUCCGUUCCUUGCAUGGUGAAGUCACCGCGGACGGAUCAGCGGAGGCGAUUGGAGUAAUCAACUUCAACUCCAGCGCGAUUAGUGUCACUGAAUUCCAAGACCCUGACAAUGUUGCCAUUGAAGAAGCCCUCCAUGGUGGUCCCUUGGACCAUGCUGGUGGUGAGGCAUCUUGCAUGACAGCCUUGGAGACGGCUGCUUCCAUGAUAUAUGACUCCUCUCCCUGGGCUGCCGAGACUAUCGUUGUGGUCUUUGCCGGGGAUGGUGUUUGCCACGGUACCGGUAGCAGCAACACUACUCUCCUGCCUCUCCUGCCUGAUCAAGGCGCUGACACCAACACCCAAGAAAAGAGCGUGGCUGUGUCCGCUGGUGUCCUCGGUAGAACUUAUGCGAUGGUUCACUCUGUGGCUCUUGGGGGUUCGCGCGACUGUGAUGGAGACAACAGCUUCGCUGAAACUCCAAGGAACGGAGGUAGUUGUCACUCGCUCUCGGACCCUACCACUCCUCUCGGUAUCGUUCAUGACAUCACCGCGACGGAGCUGACGAGCUUGGAGAUCGCCAUUGAUGAUGAAUAUUACAGGCCUCUGCGAAGCUUGGGCGAAAUUCAGGUCCAACUCCCGCUGGAGGGGCCAGUCCAGGUCGACUUUGAGGUCCAGGCAAAGGAUCUUGCCAGAGGAAGUCAUGAUAUCUGUGUCCGUGCGUCUGGCAAGAGCCCCUCGGGAUACCUGACUUUCGUCGAAGAUUGCCACCGAGCCACAAUCGCCACUCCACACUUUUGGCCCUCUUCCUCAGACUCUGUCGACUCUCCGACCUGCACAGUCGACCAUGAAUUAGCGCAAACCACACGAGAGAUCACUGUCGACGUGGGAUACAACGACGUCGAGAGUGGCAACUUUGCCAUCACCAUUUAUGAUCCACCAUACGCAGCCGCUGGAAGCCCCAUCACCACGAGCGGCUUUUGUGUUGACGUUGGGCGGUCCAUUCAAAAAGGACAACAAUACAAGAUGGAUGUCUUCAGUGCUUUUGACCCUGACAUUCAUACAAACGCGAUAGACAAGCCCCAAUAUCUCCCCCACUUGGCGUGGCUGGUCAACAACUACGAGGCAGGCGACACGUAUCCUGCCACUCCUGAUUGCUCGGGCGGUGAAAUCACUUGGCGGGAGAUGCAAGGCGCCGUUUGGAAACUUGUCGACGACGAUGUCAUGUUCCGAGCGUCCAGUCGUGUGGAAUGCAUUGCUGAAGGGAUUGCUCAAGAUGCCCGCGACAACGGCGGGAACUACGAGCCAGAUUGCCUAAACAGAGAUGAACGAAUUCCUUUGGUGAUGGUUGUCGACGACGAUGCAACCGGAGAGAUCCUCAAUCAAGUGAUUAUCUCGCAGACAUUCCUUUCCACUAUCGAAGGAAUGUGUAACUGCACAACCAAGGGAAGCAACCCCGCGGCGAUUGUAAUUGGAGCAACAUCUGGGGUUGGAAGCCUGUCGGGGCACACCGAAAUGGUCCCUGGAGCAACUACUGCGACAUCGGGAACAACCGGGAGCUCCCCCGCCACAGCAGCACAAGGAGCAACCGGAAGUACCUCGGGACCGACUGGAAGCUCUCCCGUCAAAACGACAAUGAGCUCGGUGACCUCGACAAAACCGAAAGCUGGGGUGACGAGCAGCUCGAAGUUGUCGAAGGAGAUCUAUCUCCCCGUUCUUGCAAGUAUUGCGCUCCUCCUUGUUGCCGCGCUUGCCGCCCUGAAGAACCGCCGCCCUAACAAGGACGAGGCAAGCGAUACUGACAGCACCGACUCUCGAGAUUCCGACAGCGCUGGUUGGGACAGCGGCAGCAACGGCUGGGACUUCGAUGAUCCGUCGGUGGGGUCGUCCGUGGGCGAGGUGGUUGAGAUCGUCUAGCUUGCUGCAUCCUGUGGAGAUCCGCGAUAGAUUGCCUUCAGCAUCUGUGUUGGCUGUAUUAUUCAUGCAUGCUGUGCAUGUUACAGGAACCCAAAACUCUCAGAACUUGUGGGCCGAAACAUUCAAAAAUACAUUAUAAUAUUCAUCGAGCACAUUACACAGCCUC